AGUACACAACGGAAAGGGCAUUAUCGUCAUUAGACAUAAAUACGCAGCACAGAUAUAGAGGAAACAUGGAGAGAGAAAGGGCAGAGAUAGAUACAGCUCGGUCUGUCUCUAUUUGUGUAUGUGAACUUCACCCUCCGCCGGUGCUCUGUGUGUGACGGCGAUCGGAACAUCCGGUGAUCCGUCGAAGCCAGAAUCUUUUCAACUCAAAACGCUACCAUAGCAUUCUCGGUUGAUUGUGGUUCAGUUCUCUUCCUUUAUCUUAUUGAUUAUCGAUCAGAGCUUAUUUUAUUCUUUUUUGACGUUUUGAUUCUAUUCGUAUUCACCGUUACUCUCUUUGUCGACUUGAAACCCUAAUUUAUUCCAAAACAAGUGAGAAAAUUUUGGAGUUUGCUUAUUUUGAUCCGAACAAACCCUAAUUUUUUUAUGGCCGCUACAAAUUUUCAAUCUGAUGAUAGCGGCGGCGGCGUUAUAAAAAACCCUAGGUCUCCGGGACAUUCACAGACGGUUUCAUCUCCGUGGAGUACGAUUGUGCAGGGUUCGCCGGUCAUGGUACCGGAUGCUGUUUCCGCGGCGCCGGUUUCUGUUGCUCCAGCACCGACGUUUUCAUCUUCUGUUGAGGAGAAAAUAGGUAACUUUACCUCGGAUUGGUGUCCGCCUUCAAUGGUGCCGGAUGUAGUAAGCUCUCCGGAUGAUUCCGGCACUGAUGGUCAGGGUUCUGACAGCGGCGGUGUUGCAUCUAAGAAACCGGUAUGGAAUAAACCGAACGGUGUUGUUGAGGCUGUGAGCCCUGUAAUGGGUGCAGUUUCUUGGCCUGCUCUCGGAGAAUCCACUAAGGCUUCCCCAAAAUCCUCUUCAUCAGAAUCCUUAAAAGCACUUGGAGAUGCACCACUGCUGCCUACAUUACAGGUGACAGGAAAUUCAUCUCCUUUAUCACAUAAACACACAAGUGCAAACAACGUGUAUCCAUCUUCAACUCCAAACCAUGUAGCUCCUGCAAGACAGAGAUCCAUGAGGCGAGGUGGUGGGAGUUCCAAUUCAAAUCCAUCAGCUAAUGGUGUUCUUUCUCACACAUCAGCAACAAACCAUGAUUUGGGAACAGAAAACCUCCAUAACACAUCUGGAAAACCUGGAACUCCUGCUUCAGACCCUUCUCCAAGAGACAAAACAACACACAUCGAGUCACCAAGAGGAAACUUUGGGCCACAAUCACACAAUGGUAAUGAUCACCAACAUCAAAGAAGCUCUUACAGAAGAAGCAAUAGUGGACAACAUCACAAUUAUGGUGGAAAGCGAGAUCAAGAUCGUGGAAAUCAUGAAUGGAAUCAACACAGUAGAAGCUUUAAUGGAAGAGAUAACCACAUGCAGCCUCAGAGAGGUUACCCUAGGGGUUACAUUCGACCCUCUGUACAUUCUUCCACUCCAUAUAUCUCUCCACAAAUGUCUGUUCCAGUUCGCCCUUUUGGCAACAACAUGAUGUAUCAUGAUAUGUCUCCUGUGUUCUAUGUACAAGGUCCACCACCUCCACCAGAUGCCCUGAGAGCUAUGCCUCUUGUUGCUCCAGUUCCACCUCCAAUGUUCUUUGCUGUUCCAGAUCCAUCUUUGCAUGCUAGAAUAGUGACCCAAAUUGAUUACUAUUUCAGCAAUGAGAAUUUAGUUAAAGAUACUUAUUUGAGGCAAAACAUGGAUGAACAAGGGUGGGUUCCUGUAAGCUUAAUAGCUGGCUUCAAAAAGGUUUUGUAUUUAACAGAUAACAUUCAGCUAAUUCUAGAUGCUAUGAGAGCUUCAACCAAAGUGGAAGUCCAGGGAAACAAAAUAAGAAGGCGAAAUGAUUGGAUGAAAUGGCUAAUAAACACACCUGCCCACUACUCCAACUUAUCAAGCCCUCGGGCAGUCGGGCAGUCGGGCAGUCAAGAUCAAUUAGCAUCACAGCUUCAUGGUGUUACACUGGAUGAUGGGGUUGACCAUGUCGGUGGUCAACAAGCUGAGCAAGUUUGACUAGUCAACCGAGACUAAACUAAGAAGCAAUGUUUUUGAGAAGAGAGGUGACGAAUUCUGGAUUUACUGGUAGAUAGAGAAAUUGGUGGUUUCGAGAAAAGGUAAAAACAUGAAAUACAAAAAAAAUUGAAAAAUUAAAAAAAGGAAAAAAAAAUUGAAAAACGAAAAGCACAAAAAAAGUUGAAAGAAGAAAAAAAACUUAAUAAAAAAGUAACAUGGAGAUUAUAUAGGAUAUUACGACUUUUUUGAAUGCUAGUUUUGGUUUGUUGGAUAGAAUGGUUUUCUUAUUUUUGGAUUAUAUGUUUUAAAAAAUUAUAUUUAUCCCUUGUGUUUCUUGUUAUAUGUUAUGUUAUGUUAUGCUCCUUGAUGAAAACUUUUGGGUCUGAUUUCUGACCUUUGAAGUUUCAAUCUAGGAGCAGAUUUUGUGUGCUUCGAUUUGAUCAUGACAUAAUUUUGCCUAUAUUCAUUCAGAAAGUAGAUUGUUAUAAUCGUGGGAAAAAUAUUUUUGAAAGUAGUUAAUGAUGAAAUAUAAAACCAAUAUGUGGAAAAGGUGAAAGGUUACACGUUUCCUUUAGCUGUAGCAAUUGUGCAGUACUAAGGUGAUGUGGAUAACUCGGUGGAGGGUUUUUUAUACUGUUCAAGGUGGAAGAUAUUGUUUAUAUUAGUCAAGGUGGAAAUGAAUUUAUGAAUAAUCAAACAUCAAGAGACAAAUGGUAAUUUGGCCUUUAAAUCUAAUAGUGAAUUUUAUCUUGACAACAUUCCUUUAUGUAUAGGAGC